GCCGACGCACAAGGUUCGUGUUGCUUCCGCUUCCGGUUCGGGAAGAUGGCGGCGGCCGCAGCAUCCUCGGCCCUAUGGGGCACCUUGGGGCGGCUGGUGUGUGCUUGCAGCCGCAGCAUCUUGACACCGUCGGUGCCCGGCACAGCUUCCCUCUGGUCUGCUGCUCAAAGGUUCAGUUCGCAGAGCGCUUCAUUUUCGCCUGGAUAUGUUCCUAAAACAUCCCUGAGUUCGCCACCUUGGCCAGAAAUCGUUCUGCCAGACCCAGCUGAGGAGACCAGACACCACACAGAGGUUGUAAAGAAGGUGAACGAGCUGAUCGCCUCGGGCCAGUACGGCCGGCUCUUUGCCGUGGUGCACUUCGCCAGCCACCAGUGGAAAGUGACCGCCGAAGACCUGAUCCUAAUUGAAAAUGAAUUAGACGUCAUGUGUGGAGAGAGGAUCCGGCUGGAGAAGGUGCUGCUGGUCGGCGCGGACAACUUCACACUUCUUGGCAAGCCACUCCUUGGAAAGGAUCUUGUUCGAGUCGAAGCCACAGUCAUUGAGAAGACAGAAUCAUGGCCCAAAGUCAACAUGAAAUUUAAGAAGAGGAAAAACUACAAGAAGAAAAAAAUUAUUGUGCACCCCCAGACUGUCCUCCGGAUUAACACCAUUGAGAUCGCUCCGUGUUUGCAGUGAUCACCGAGCCAACACUAAGAAGAAAAAAUAGCUGGGCACGACCGCACAUGCCGGUGACCCCUGCACUGGGAGACUAAGGUGGGAAGAUGGAAAGUCUGAGCCCACCCUGUCAGUGUGAAGACCCUGGGUUCAUUCCUCAGUAGCAGAGGUCUGGGGGAACAAAAGUAAAUUCUUAUUUUCCAA